AUGUUAUCUAGUUCUUCCACCCGCACCACCAAGACGCUGUUCUCGCGCUUCGCGGCUCGUUCCUUCGCGACCGCGGACCUGAAAGCCAACGCCAUUCCCAAACAGGCCCCGCGCAUCAAGUAUUUCAAGGUGUACCGCUGGGAUCCGGAGCAGUCCCAAAAACCCUACCUCUCAACGUAUCCGGUCGAUUUGGCAAACUGUGGUCCCAUGGUGCUGGACGCUUUGAUUAAAAUCAAGAAUGAACAAGAUCCGACGCUGACUUUUCGGCGAUCGUGUCGCGAAGGAAUUUGCGGAUCGUGCGCCAUGAACAUUGACGGCGUCAACACGCUCGCCUGUCUAUCCUACAUUGAUCAAAAGGACACUUCGAGUGCGACCAAGAUUUAUCCAUUGCCGCACAUGUAUGUCAUCAAGGACUUGGUUCCGGACAUGGGUAAUUUUUACGAACAGUACCGUUCCAUUGAACCCUGGCUGCAACCGGAAAAGGGCAAGGAACCGGGCCAGGCCGAGUACUUGCAAACCCGCGAAGAUCGUGCCAAGCUCGACGGAAUGUAUGAGUGCAUCCUGUGCGCAUGCUGCUCGACGGCAUGCCCCUCUUACUGGUGGAAUGCCGAUAAAUAUCUCGGACCGGCCGUGUUGCUGCAAGCCUACCGGUGGAUUGAGGAUUCGCGUGACGGUUCCACCAAGAAGCGUCUGGAGGAACUCGACGAUGCGUUUAAGCUCUACCGCUGUCACACAAUCAUGAACUGUACUAAAGUAUGUCCUAAGCACUUGAAUCCGGGCAAGGCGAUCGCGCAGAUAAAGAAACGGUUGGCGGAUCACUAG